AACGCUAAAAGCCUGGCAUUUGGCGUACGCAAUAUACGUACGCUAGUUUCGAAAAUGGCGGAGCUCAAAGAAGAGGGCCCUGGGCAGCUUCACCAGGAGGACGCCAAUAUAAAGGACACUGGUACUGAUGAGAGUGAGCAGGCGUCCACUCCUGAUACCUCCACUAAACCAGUGGAAGCAGCGGCCAACAAUGGACAAACAUCAUUCACUGUAACAUCAGAAAGACACGUGUCCAUCCAAACCACUCUGGAGGGCCUCGAAGAGCUUGUGGAUUUAAAUGGAGCCGGAAGGAAGUCUUGUCCACUGUGUCCUGAAGAAAAGUUUAAGGCCUGUUAUAGUCAUAAACUUCGACGACACCUGCAAAACCUGCACUGGAAAGUUUACGUGGAAUUUGAGGGCCAAAGAAUGUGCAUCUGUCAUCUGCCAUGCAGACAGCAUAAGUCUGGUCUCAGUGCUGACCAGACUCAAGGCAGACUGGUGGCUCACUACCACUGUGUGGUUUGUUCUGUCACGAUUGCUCGUAAGACAGACAUGAUCAGUCAUCUCAAGCGUCAUAUCAACAAGGGCGAGACGGAGGCAAGUUAUUCAGGCAACUCCGAUGUUCCCUUUGAAGAAGCCGUCCCAGGCGGACAGGCUUAUGAGAUUAUGAAAGAAUUGGGCACUAAUGUCCAGCUCAUGCCCAACCACACCACACCUCAGAAAACAGACACAUACUUCAGCCGCAAGAUGAAAACCAACAGGCAGCUGGUGUUCUGCUCUCUCGCUGUUUUAGCUGAACAAAGGAAUCCGCUCGAAUGUCUUGAUGCCUUUGGAGCCACUGGUAUCAUGGGCCUGCAGUGGGCGAAGCAUCUUCGUAACUCUGUUAAAGUUACUAUAAAUGACAUAAACGAAGCGUGCGUGAAGAUGAUUAAGGAGAACUGUCACCUGAACCACGUCAGAGUAGAGGGCAGUCGCACGGCCUGUCAGCUAGACGGAGCAGGUGAUGUGGAGUCACCCAUUGCCUCUGUGGAGGUGGUGAAGAUGGACGCCAAUGUCAUUAUGCAUCUGAGACCAUUUGACUACAUACACCUUGACCCAUUUGGAACAUCUGUAAACUAUCUGGACGCUGCUUUUCGGAACGUUCGUAACCUGGGAAUAGUCUCUGUGACGUCUACUGACACUGGAUCGCUUUACUCCAAAUCUCUGAAUGUUACGCUCCGACAUUACGGCUGCCAGAUCGUCAGGACCGAGUAUUACAAGGAACUCGCAGCACGUAUGGUGUUGGCUGCGGUAGCCAGGGCAGCUGCUCGCUGCAACAAAGGAAUUGAAGUGCUGUUGGCUGUGGCGCUCGAGCACUUUGUCCUAGUGGUGGUGCGAGUGCUCAGAGGGCCCACCCAGGCGGACGAAUCCGCAAAGAAACUGCGUCAGCUUUUGCACUGCCAGUGGUGUGAAGAAAGGGUGUUCCUCAAACCAGGAAGCAUGGUUGAAGAAAACCUGUACAGACAGCUGCCCUGCCAGUGUCAUGGGAGCAUGCCAGGGAAAACUGCAGUAGAGCUCGGGCCGCUCUGGGCUGGUCCUCUGUUUAACAGUGGUUUUCUGAGGCAGAUGUUAGUGGCAGCAGUGCAGCACAAUAUGGAGGACAUCCAGCCUCUGGUGAAGUCUCUCUUCUGUGAGGCCGACUGCACCACUCUCAAGCCUUCACCUGUCCCGGGAUAUUCUACCCUCUCUAGCCAAGUGGAAUGUGGUGUUGUCAUAAAAACCUUACAGAGGGUUGAAGAGGCUGAUACGUCUGAUCAGUCAGGCAAAAGAAAAACUGCAGGGGAGGAUUCUGGGAAUGUACUGAAGAAAUUAAAACCCGACACAUCUUUGGAACAUCCAGCGUUCUACUACAGCAUCCAUCGGCACAGCAUCCGUGGCAUGAACAUGCCCAAGCUGAAUAAGUUCCUGCAGUAUCUCACCGAGGCCGGAUUCAGAGUCAGCCGCACACACUUUGACCCGACGGGUGUGCGAACCGACGCAACUCUGGUACAGUUUAAGGAAGUGCUCACGAAAUACAGCGUGCCUACUUACUCGUCUACCCCUGAAAGCAGUGCUGUAAGCUCAGAUGUUACACGACGUCAGACUGUCUGAAGUUAAUGAGAAAAAAAUCCAGAUGUUUGUGGGGCAAUUUCAUUGUGUUUAUGAGAUGUUCAGGACAUGCGUUUCUAAGUUUGACUGCACAGAAUUCGCCUCUCUGCUCUCUCUGUGGCUACUGUUGUUGAGUCUGUUAGAGAUGGAUUUUUUUUAAUCGCAAAUGAAUAAUUACAUUUAGUGAUUGUUGAUCAAAGAUGAUUUUUUUUAUAGUUGCAGUAGGGUUUCGACUCAUUGUGGCCUUUAUAGUGUUAGAUACAUCAAUAUAUAAGCUGAUUGUGAUGUGAUGCAGUUUUUACAGAUCUUUUUGUUUUUAAUCUAAAGUAUUUAUGAUUCUGUCAGGUCUUGCUUGAUCUGGUUUUUCCUUUUUUUUUGCUAAAGUAUUUCACUUUCAGUGUUUCACAGCUCCAUCAAUAAAACCCUAAGCAUGAUGGCGGGUCUCAUCUAACACAAAUGUGGGUCAUGCUUUACCCCAAAAUCCCCAAAUCUUGUUUGCUUAGGGAAUGUCAAACUCAAAUGUAUUUUGUUUUUAUUCAUUUAGCUUUUGAGGUAAAAUAUGACCAGAACUUUAUCUUGAUGCGUUGUGUGAUCUGCCCUUUUAAAUAUGAGCCGCCACUCCUGUCUUACCUGCAUAGCACCAAAUCUAGUCCUACUUGCAAUGUUCAUACUGAAAUAAAUCGACUUUUAUGUUUAUCAGA